AUGCCUAAGGGCUUCUACCAUGAAACUCAAAUAUUAUCUUGGGUUUUAAGCUAUGGUGGAUCACAUGCCCCUGAUUCCUUGGCCAUCACAGCUGCUGGUAUAGCACUUGCACUUUCAGAAGUGCCUAUGUCAAAAGCAGUUGCUGGAGUUCGAGUUGGCCUCAUUGGUGAUAAGUAUAUAGUAAAUCCUACAACUGAGGAGAUGGAAAACUCUGAGUUGGACCUCAUGCUGGCGGGCACAGAUAGCGCAAUAUUGAUGAUAGAGGGUUAUGGCAAUUUUCUUCCUGAAGAGAAGCUACUUAAAGCUGUAGAAGUUGGUCAGGAUGUCGUGCGGGCAAUCUGUAAUGAGGUAGAAGUCUUGGUCAAGAAAUGUGGGAAGCCAAAUAUGAUUGAUGCCAUCAAGUUACCUCCUCCCGAGCUUCAUAAACAUGAAGAGGAAGCUCUAAACCCAUCAACCUCAGAUUCACAUCCAACAAAUCCACACUCCCAUGAUGCAACACACUGCCAUUGUCUAACAACAGUAUUGAAUUAA